GCUGCAGGUUCGAGUCCCGUGGCGGCCCGGAGCAGGAGGGAGCCAUGGAGGUCCCUGUGGAGCCAUGUGUCGGAAAGGACUCCUCUGCCUUGCCUGCUGCUUCAGCUCUUCCCAGUGAGACACGACAGACACCAGUAACACCAGUACAUAUCACCGUGCUGACGGCGCAGGGUCUGAAAAAUAUCAAAAGCGACGUGUCAUUCACUUUGGUUCGUGUAGAGUACAAUGGAGACAUCUUGGGAGACUCCUCCAGGGCCAAUGUCUUACCAGAUGGGACAGCAAACUAUAAUUUCACAACCAGCUUUGAAUGCAGCCCUGAUGGACCCAACUCUGUGGACAGCAUUGCGCAGAAACCUGUGCUUUUGACAGUGAUAGAAGUGUUGCAAAGGGACAAGAAACAGAAGGAGAAGACAGCAUCUCUUGGCCAAGCUGUGGUGGACCUCCUACCUCUGCUGCAAGGACAGUGUUCAUUCAAGGUCUCGUCUACUUUACAUGCAGUGCCUACUUCUUCGUUGGAGAGCCUUCAGCCAGAGGCCAAGGGUGACCUUGAAGUGACAGUGAGUGUCAGAAAGCCCCUGCUUUCUGCAGCUCAGCUUUCCAGUGGGAACCUCCUGAGUGUCACAUUGGAGACAGCUUAUUCGGUCCCUGAAGCGUUUGCUGCCACUGAACCCAUGCAAGACUACAUGGCUUGUUUGCAAGUACCAGCAGCUGAGGAGGAAUUCCCCCUGCUCUUCAAGAAUGGCAUCCUGAAGCUCGCUGGUGAAAAAGAGCCAUUGCCCCGGCCCAAAAAAUGGUCCCUUGCUAAUGUCAUGGCUCCUGGUGCUCUGAGCAUACCCAACGCCUUCAUCGUUGGUGGUCCCUAUGAGGAUGAGGAUGGAGAGCUCAACAAAAGAGAGGACAGGGAGUUCAGGAUCCAAGCAGAAAGCAUGAUGAGAAUCGUAUGGGACAUGGAGAGGCGCCAUUACUUGGAUCCCACUGCAGUAGUCACCCUGCAGAAGCGCAUUGCAGAGUGCCAGUACUGGCCCGUGGAGAUCUGCAGGAUGCCUGUGGCCUCACCCAGCAAAGGGAAAACUGGCAGAGCUGACAAGGGAGAUGAGGACAAACGGAUUUCCUUCCAUGGUGUGGCCUAUGUCAACAUGUUGCCUUUGCUGUGUCCUGGUGUGAAGCAGAUCCGAGGCGCCUUUCGUGUCUUUGCCUACCAAAAUAGUGAGGUAUUUGAGAAGACCAGAAGUCAGCGCAGUAUUUUCCAGGAUCUCAGGAUGCAGCUGAGUAAGGAAGGGCUGAGGACCCCAGAAAUCAGUACUCCCCUUUCCAGAGCUGUUCCCAGCAGGGCUCAGAAGGAAGAGAAAGAGAAAAUCACCAAAGAUAAGGAUUCCAUCAGAAGGAUGUCCAACGCACCCAAAAUCCCAUUGGCAGAUGCCACUGUAGAAGCUGAAAGUGUCACACAUCUCCUCCUUGAGGGACAGCAAUAUGUUGAAGCAGGAACGUUCCUGGUGAUGGAGAUAAAGCUGGACAAGCCCUUGGUACCAAAGCGCUUGCAAGAGGAGCUCACCAGACGAGUCAAGGAGAUGAUUCCUCCACGCCCUCGGCUGCCUCUCCGGAGCACAGGAGCCAAGAAGGCCGUGGAAGAUUAUCACAAGCAUGUCACGAGCAUUGCCACUGCCAUCCUGGAUGAAUACCAUGAGCUCUUUGGGAAGCGCCUCCCUGACCAGGGAGCUGUCGACCACCAAACCCUGGAGGAACAGAAGCGUCAGCUCAACUUUGAGCUCAAUAACUCUGGGAAAUAUUUUGCAUUUAAGGAAGAGUUGAAGUAUGCUGUGGUGAAGAUUGUGAGGGAGAAAUACCUGAAGACCACAGCGUUUGAGUCCCAAGAGCAGUUCCAGGCCUUUCUCAGUGAGCUCUACGUGUACCUCGUGGACCAGAUGCACGUUGCCCUCAACAAGAUACUCUCUGAGGAAGCUGCUGCUCCUCCUGCUUCUCUGUCCCUUACAACCAAGGAGCAGCUCUUGCUCUUUGCUCGUGAAGCUGAAGCUGACAAGGACUACAAGCUGGCAUCUCUCUACCACCAGCAAAGGGUAGCUCAGGACCAGCGCAACAUCCAGAGCUGGCUGGACUAUGGGGCGUUCUGCCUCCUUCUCGAAGAAACAACCAAAGCCCAGGAGUGCUUCCGGCAGGCCCUUUCUCUGGACCACCAUCACAUCCAAAGCCUGCUGCUCUGCGGGAUUGUGGCAGCGGUGCUGCAGCGCUAUGAAGAGGCAGAGAUUUUCUUGGAGGAUGCCUGCUGCUUGGAGCCGUUCAACAUUGUAGCCUGGACAAUUAUAGGUUUGUUCUAUGAGCUGCAGAAUAAUAAUGUUCAGGCAGAGAUGGCCUUCCGGGAGGCUAAGAAGCUACUGCAAGCACAGCUCACCGAGGAGAGGAGCAUCCCUGAGGCUGCAGAGGCAGAAAGAGGGCGAAAGCCCAUUUCUGCAGUGUGUGUGAGGUCUUCCAGCCCAGGCCCAGAAAAGCACUUGCCAGAGAGCGUUCCAGAUGGCUCUGCAGACAAAGUGCCGGAGACGGUUAAGCCUUCCCAGGUUUGUGUGGCACCCCAGGAAGAGGCUCCUGCACCAGAGGCAGCCCGGAAAGCACCAUCCCCUGGUUCUGGACUUACGCAGCCCCCCUGCACAAUCUUCAUGAAGGCAGUGGAAUUCCUGAUGAAAGUCAAUGCCAUCCAGUUUGUUCGUAUGGCCCUUGCCCACGAGCUGUUGAGCCUUCAGGGAGGUCCCUCCUGCGCGUACUACCUGGUGCUGGCCCAGACUCACUUGCUGCAGGAAGAGCUCUCCAAAUGCGACGACUGUCUCGGCAAGGCCAUGAGGAUCGACUACUUGAAUCCAAAUGUUUGGGCUCAGAAAGGGCAUCUGUGCUACCUGAGAAAGGACUUUAGUGAGGCAAAGGAGUGCUAUGAGCGAACCAUCGGCUUUGUGGAGGAUGCUGCAGACAUGCACCUUGUCUACCUGCGCCUGGGCUCCAUCUACCUGGAAGAGAAAGAGUAUGGCUGGGCGAAGCAGACCUACCUGCUCGGCUGCAAGAACUCGGCAUCCUGUCUCACCUGGCUGGGGGUGGGAAUUGCCUGCUACAGGAUGGAAGAGAUGGUGGAAGCAGAGGAUGCUCUCUCUGAAGCCAAUGCCUUGAAUAACACCAACGCUGAAGUGUGGGGAUACCUCACCCUCAUCUGCCUGCAUGGUGGACGGGAGCUGGAGGCAGAGCAGUGCUACAAAUACGCUGUCAAGCUGGGCCUGAGCAAGGAUGCGCUGCUGCAGGAGAUCCAUGCCACGCAGCACCGGCUGGGCUUCGGCAACCCGGAGCUCUGAGCCCUGCACCGGCUGGGCUUUGGGAACCCGGAGCUCUGAGCCCUGCACCGGCUGGGCUUUGGGGACCCGGAGCUCUGAGCCCUGCACCGGCUGGGCUUUGGGAACCCGGAGCUCUGAGCCCUGCACCGGCUGGGCUUUGGGGACCCGGAGCUCUGAGCACCGCACCGGCUGGGCUUUGGGGACCCGGAGCUCUGAGCCCUGCACCGGCUGAGCUUUGGAGACCCGGAGCUCUGAGCCCUGCACCGGCUGAGCUUUGGGGACCCGGAGCUCUGAGCCCUGCACCGGCUGGGCUUUGGGGACCCGGAGCUCCGAGCCCCCAGCCCUGGUGUCACCCCCACGUGCCCCUUGUUCCCCCAGUGCCGGUGUCAAACAUGUGCCUGUGUUAUCCCCGAGCCGCCAGCUCUGGUGUCCCCUCUGUUACUCCGAUUUCCCCCAAGCCCCAGCCCCAGUGUUGCCCCUGUGUCCUUCCGUACCCAUGAGCCCCAAGCUCUGGUGUCUCCUCC